GUGCGUACUGUGGAAGAUUCUGGAAAGGAAAAAAGCGCGCUCCCUCGCUCUGGUCUCGUCUUGUGUGCUUCUUCUUGACUGCCUCUUCGUUUUUCAGCAAUUCGCAUCUGCAAUUGAAUCAAUCAGAAUAUGGAUACAUUAAGCCCUGCAGUCUUUGUCAAUGCAGAACUGUUACCCUUUUAUGUUGGAAGAAGAGUUCGUACUGUCAUGCAGGUUUUGCAUUCUGACGGUGUAGCUGUCAUUGGAAAAUCACCAGAUGAGAAGCAGUUGAUUGUAAAAGGACCACCCCCACCCGCUCCUCUUACAAGUUUUGUAGAAGUUGUUGGCAUUGUUAACAGUGACAAGUCCAUCAAAGCCGAGUUAUGGACCAACUUUGGUGAUGCAAUUGAUAUGUUCAGCUACAAUAAGGUUUGUCAGCUCGCAAAUGGAGAUUUUAAACACUUGUUCCUGUGAGUUGAGUUACAACAAGCUUAUCUGACUAUACAAAGAAGAGAGUUUGGCAAAUGGAGACUGUUUCUGCAUGUUUUCAGAGUAGAUGUUGUAACAAGCUUGUUCCGAGUAGGAAGCUUAUCUGACUAUAUUUUAAACAAUCACUGUUGUGUUUAAAAUGUUCAAUCGUUUGUUAUUGUUCUCAUGGUAAAUAAUAUUUGCUUGUUAUGAUUGAAAUCUAUAGAUUUUUCGGGGAUCAUGUCUAUUAGGAAUUGUUUUCUGAUUUUUAAAACACUUACACUUGUUAGUUAUCUUUAGAUUGACCUCUUUCAGAAGAUAUAUUGAGAAAUAAAUUUGUUGGUUUAUGUUGUA